CUCUGGCAAUUGCCCCGCCCUAUCCGGUUCGGUGAGGGGCAUUUUUUUUCUCCAAUCAGAGAUUCUGGUGGGAGGGGCUGCGGGGCCAUUUCAUUUUGGCGGUUCGGUUUCAACAUGGCUGACGUGAGCCAUAGUAAUGAGGCUGUGGAAAAGGGGCCCGAGGGCUUCUCUCCAGAAUCUGUGCCAGUUGACACGACCAUCUCCAGGGUGGAACUCCUUGACACUAUACUGGACACUUUUCUCCAGAAACUAGUCGCCGCCAGGAGCUUCGAGAGAUUCACCAGCUGUUACAAGCCCUUCCAGCAGUUAGACCCCAAGGUGAUGCAGUGGGUCUAUGACAAGUUUGUGACUCAGUUACAGACGUCCAUCCGGGAGGAAAUCUCAGAGAUAAAAGAGGAAGGGAACCUAGAAGCUGUCCUGAAUUCCUUGGAUAAGAUUGUUGAAGAAGGCAAAGCCAAUGGAGAGCCGGCCUGGCGACCCAGUGGAACCCCAGAGAAGGACCUGUGCAGUGUUAUGGCACCCUACUUCCUGCAGCAACGGGAUGCCCUGUGCCACCGAGUGCAGAAGCAGAAGGCCAAGAAUCAGGACCUGGCUGAUGCUGUCCUGGCUGGGCGCAGGCAGCUGGAGGGGCUGCAGCAGCAGAUCCAGGCCCUCCAGCAGACAUGGCAGGCUCUUCACAGAGAGCAGAGGGAACUGCUGUCAGUGCUGAGGGCACCUGAGUGAAGAGCCACCAGACACCAGCGCAGAGGGCAGUCAUGGUCCUAUGGAGUCCGUCCCCACACACUACCUUCAGAUUCCUGCCGCCAUCUUCUGCCUGGAAGACUGGCACUCCCACACUGCAUCAGACACCAGGCUUUGUCUCCUGGAGUCGUAGCUAGCCUUGGCCCCAUGCCCUCCUUCUGGUUCUCCAGCCCUUCCUGGACUGGACUCGGGAUAGUGUUUUCAGUCUGCACUGAUUGCUGCCUUUCUGAACAGCCUAAGGGCCCUUGCCAUGUUCUCGCCACAUCUGUAAAUAAACUUCCUCUAUCACA